AUGAAGCUGUAUCGCUUCGGUCUGUUGAUCGCUUCCUUUUUUGCCUCCAUUGAAGCGCAAUCAACUUUCACUCCUGCUCGACCUCCCUCUAUUCCCCUUGCUGUCAAGUCGCCCUACCUGAGCACCUGGCUUGAUGCUGGUAGCGAUGGUGGUAACGGCGGAUACCUGGCUGGCCAAUGGCCAGUCUUUUGGCAAAACCAAGUGACUGGAUGGUGUGGUCUCAUCCGUGUCGACGGCAAUGUUUAUACCUGGAUGGGAUUGCCUGGUACUAACACUGUUAACCAAACAGCAUAUGAAUAUACGUCAACGAAGAGUAUAUUCACUAUGAACAUUCAAAACAAGUUGGAGAUGAACAUUACUUUCAUGUCGCCUAUCACACCCAGUGAUAUCAAACGCCAAUCUCUGGUCUUCUCGUACCUCAAUGUUGAAGUCUCAUCUCUUGAUGGAAAGGCACACGAUGUUCAAGUCUAUGCUGAUAUCUCUGCCGAAUGGGUCUCUGGUGACCGCUCUGCCAUUGCACAGUGGGAGUAUGGCACCACAGAUGGUGUGGCCUACCACAAAGUCCAUCGACAGACCCCGUUGGCCUUCUCGCAGGUCAACGAGCAAGGCGAAUGGGGUAACUGGUACUGGGCCACCGACGCAACCACAGACAUGUCCUACCAAUCUGGCACAGACACCGUUGUGCGCGGCCAAUUCUCACAAACCGGCAAGCUCGCUAACAGUGGUGACACUAAUUUCCGAGCCAUCUCAAACCAAUGGCCUGUCUUCGGAUUUUCUUCUGACCUGGGCUCAGUCAGCUCAUCCCCCGUCAGCACGCUCUUCUCGCUUGGUCUGGCCCAAGACGAGGCAGUUCAGUUCGCAGGUGCUUCCAACUAUGGUCCUCUGCCUUCUCUCUGGAAGAGCUACUUUGACACGGAGUUGGAUGCGCUGUCUUUCUUCCACAAGGACUACAGCGAGUCGAACGAAGUCGCAACCGCUUUUGACAACAGAGUGGCUACCGACUCUAUUGCCACGGCCGGCCAGGACUAUCUCACCAUUACUUCGCUAUCUGCUCGACAGGCGUUCGGUGCCACACAGCUUUGUGGCACUGAGGAUCACAUGUAUCUGUUCCUGAAGGAAAUUUCGUCUGAUGGUAACAUGAACACUGUUGAUGUGGUGUUCCCUGCCUAUCCUAUUUUCCUGUACACCAACCCAGAGUUUGUCAAACUCGUUCUCGACCCCUUGUUUGAAAACCAGGAAGCCGGAAAAUAUCCCAACAAAUACUCCAUGCACGACAUGGGCUCAAGCUACCCCAAUGCUACUGGCCACUCCGACGGAAAUGAUGAGAAGAUGCCUUUGGAAGAGUGUGGAAACAUGCUCAUCAUGACCUUAGCUUAUGCUCAGCAAUCUGGAAAUACCAACUACUUGCGCGCUCACUACGACCUGCUUAAGCAGUGGACCAGCUAUCUAGUCGAGGACGCCCUUUACCCAGCAAACCAGAUCUCGACUGACGACUUUGCCGGCUCAUUGGCAAACCAAACCAACCUGGCUCUCAAAGGCAUGAUUGGUAUCCAGGCCAUGGCUGUCAUUGCCGAGAAGACCAACAACCCCGUAGAUGCUGCCAAUUUCUCGAGUAUCGCAAAGGACUAUAUCACCCAGUGGCAGAGCCUGGCAAUUGCCAAGAAUGCCAACCCACCUCAUACUACUUUAUCUUACGGUGAUACCAACAGCCACGGUCUCCUCUACAAUCUAUUCGCCGAUGCUCAGCUUGGCUUGGGUCUGGUUCCACAGUCAGUCUACCAGAUGCAGAGUGACUUCUACCAGACAGUCGAGAACCAAUACGGUGUGCCUCUUGACACCCGCCACACUUACACCAAGGGCGACUGGGAGUGCUUCACCGCAGCGAUUACCUCAGGCAAAGCGCGGGAUAUGUUCAUCAAGGACUUGGCAACCUGGAUCAACGAGACCCCUACCAACCGCCCUCUGACUGACUUGUAUGACACAGUUUCUGGAAACUAUCCUCAAAACACCUUUGUUGCCCGCCCUGUUGUGGGUGGCGCUUUUGCGCCUCUUCUAGUCCGCUAA